AGGGUGGAAUGGUUCUGGAGCAUUGGCCUGGAAACCUGGACGAUCCCGCCAUUCGCUGUAGAGCCCUUUACCAGCAAAAUGCUCCUACUGAGUCACGAGCUCAGGGUCUUGCGUCUUCCUCGUCAUCAGUAGCUCUUGCGUCGGGCGAUUUGGCAACACCUGGGUUGUACUAGUUAACAAAGGUUGGUGUUAACUACUGCCAAAGCUCUAUAUCCUGGCAUGGAUACGGAAGAAAUGCGCAGCAGAUCUAUGAAACUUCAACACUGAAAGUCCCAGACCAUGAAUUACGUGGGCCACCUGGCAGAGACGGUGUUUGUGACAGUAAAGGAGCUUUAUAAGGGCCUGAAUCCUGCCACCCUCACUGGAGGUAUCGAUGUCAUCGUUGUGCGGCAGCCUGAUGGCUCCCUGCAGUGCUCUCCCUUCCACGUGCGCUUUGGAAAACUGGGAGUGCUGCGCUCAAAGGAGAAGGUGGUGGACAUCGAAAUAAACGGGGAGCCCGUGGAACUGCACAUGAAGCUGGGAGACAAUGGAGAGGCCUUCUUCGUUGAAGAGAGUACUGAUCUGGAGGAGAGCAUCCCAGCGCACCUCUGCACCUCCCCAAUCCCCGUUGAAAUGACAGAGCCCUGCGGAGGACGCGAGUCCCCCCCCAGUGCCACCUCCCGCAGGAAAAAGCGCCGGCGCAAGCGGAUGCGCUCGGACGCCCACAGAGAGGGGGCCGGUUCGUCCUCUGAGGAGAGGGAGGCCCUGGAAAUGGAGGGACACGCAGAGGGGCCAGUGAAUCCUCUGGUGGUAAGCAGAUCUGUCUACUUUUCCCUGUCGGAGAACCCGUUUGAAGAGAGCGCGAAGCCCAAAGAUGUCCACCCCCAUUCCGAUGGAGAGCUGUCACCCGAGAGUGUGUUCAACAGCCGUCCUGCAUCCCCUAAGAGUGACUCAGAGCUGAUGGUGAAUCCCCUGGAGUCCCCAGGGCCUCAGAUGCAGUGGAACUGGGGUGCUUUUCCAAAGGCAUGUCACAGUGAGCGAAUGGUGGAGGUCCAGCAGAUUUCCCCCAUCCUCGUCUCUGAGAACACCCACUUCCGCACAAUCCAGCGGCAGGACUCCUUUGACAUGGACUCGGAGGGCGCGAGGAGCUGCCAGCUAACAGACAGCGUAACCCUCGUUCGGCCGGAGCCCCGACCUGGGGGCGCUGAGCAGCCGCCAACAUUGGGGAGCUCUUCACCAUCUAGCGAUCAGACAUCUCCCCUGUCAGCUCACCGGUAUGCAAGGCAGAAGGAUAUGACUUUGGAGGCAGGGGAAGAAUCCACUUCAGAGCUUCCAGACUCGGCACACGGAGGAGAGUCUCAGGGCACAGGUUUGGAACAGCCAGGGGAAGAAGCUACUUGGAGGGAUGUGGAGGAAAGAGGGGAAAAAGCACAAAGGACUAUGACCGCAGCUGAGGGUUCCACCGGGAGUGAUUCAUCAGAGACUUUCAGGGUGUUGGACAUUGCUGAAACUGGCGAGGGGAGCAUCCCACCUGUGCAGCAGAACGGCUCUCCAGAAACAGCUGCCAAAGACGAUACGCAGGAGAAAAAGAAAAGUAAACGGAGUCAGCACCUGGGACCAGCAGACAUCUAUCUGGAUGACCUCUCCAGGCUGGACCCAGAAGUUGCAGCCUUGUACUUCCCCAAGAGUGAGAUGGAGACGGGCAGUCGGGGGGCAGAGGCAGGCUCUCAGUCGGGAAACCAGUCCCCCCAGUCAGUGGGAAGUGGAGCGAUGGACAGCGGCACUGAGUAUCUCUCCGACUCCACAGGGGACCUGUGUGACAUCGCUAUAUCCCUUUGUGGCAGGGUUGGGGACACCAGCCAUAUCAAUCAAGCAAAGUUCAUGGAGCACCUUAUCAGCUUUCAGGACCUAGCCAACAACCCAGGGAUUGUUGAGGACCCCAAUCUAGUCAUCUGCAUCAACUCUCAGUACUACAACUGGGCUGUGGCCGCCCCAAUGAUUCUGUCAAUGCAAGCCUUCCAGAAGAACUUGCCCAAGAGCUCCGUAGAUCAACUAGUGAAGGAUAAGAUGCCAAAGAAAUCUGGACGGUGGUGGUUUUCUUGGCGAAGAAAAGAAAUGGACACCAAACAGGAAGACUCCAAGCAGGCGCAGGAGGAAGCCCCAGCUGUGGCCUCCACACCUAAUGCUGGUCCUUCAAACCUUCAGGCCAAAAAGAAUGAAAAGAACAGUCUGAGGCAAGGGUGGGAGACUGGUUCUUCAGACUCCCUAUGCACCAUGUACCCUGCCAGCCCAACGUAUCGCAAGUCCCUGCGCCUUAGCUCUGAACAGAUAAAUCGUCUGAACCUACGAGAGGGGGCCAAUAAGGUCGUGUUCAGUGUGACCACGCAGUAUCAAGGUACAUGUCGUUGUGAAGCAGCUAUCUACCUAUGGAACUGGGAUGACAAGGUCAUCAUCUCUGACAUUGAUGGCACAAUCACAAAGUCUGAUGCCCUCGGCCACAUUCUACCUCAGCUGGGGAAAGACUGGACCCAUAACGGCAUUGCGAAACUUUACCACAAAAUACACCAGAAUGGUUACAAAUUCCUUUACUGCUCUGCCCGUGCCAUUGGCAUGGCAGACAUCACCAAGGGUUACCUGCAGUGGGUCAAUGACAGGGGCACAGUGCUGCCCAAGGGCCCUGUGCUUCUGGCUCCCAGCAGCCUCUUCUCUGCACUACACAGGGAGGUGAUUGAAAAGAAACCAGAGGUGUUCAAGAUUGCCUGUCUCACUGACAUCCGCGACCUUUUCAACCCGUCAAAACAGCCUUUCUUUGCUGCUUUUGGAAACAGGACAAAUGAUGCUUAUGCCUAUAAGGAGGUGGGGGUGCCAGAGAUGAGGAUCUUUACUGUCAAUCCCAAAGGAGAGCUCAUCCAGGAAAAAACCAAGGGAAAUAAGUUGUCGUACUCCCGGCUAAGCAAGCUGGUGGAUCACGUGUUCCCCCUGACUUCUCAGGGUAGGACCAGCUCUCUGGAUUGUCCAGACUUCAGCCACUUCUCAUAUUGGAGGGAACCCCUGCCUCCAUUGGACCUCUCUGACCUGUUGUAGUCGCCUUAAUCUUGACCUCCUCAAUUCUCAUCUUGCAGGAGAAAUACUUUAGGUAAAGCCCCCUCGAACACUGAUAGGGUGUCUUGGGAGUGUUGACUGGAUCUGUUUGUGGUUACUGUGUGGUUCUCCUGUAAUUCCUGAGCAAAAAUGAACGAUGAGCAUCUGGCCUUCUUGACAAAUGGACCUUUAAAGGAUUAUAAUUCAUGUUUCAGUUUUUGUGUCCUUUGAUUUGUGACCAUAUCCUGAACUAAUGGAUCAGUUUUACGUGCUAUAAUCCAAAUGUGAUUUGCUGUAACACUACUUAUGCCUUAUCCUCUUCAUGAACAAUUCAGGUUGUUUAUUUGCACAUAAAAAGCUUAUGCAAAUCCAGAUCUUUAAUUUGUGGUAAUGUGUAUCAGCAUACAUCCAUGACUCCACCUCAGCAUCACUGUUGGAAAAAAGCCUUGAAAUGUUCAGCACUACUCUUGAAAUUUGUGGAUGGGAAGUGCUCAUGGUUUGUAGCAUUUUGUUGAAUCUCUGCAUGAAUUGAAUUUCUUUUUUCCAACCAAAGCUGUAUUAGAUGUAUUAGCUUUGUUGGGUUGACAGUAACAGUACAUGUCUGGAUACUUACUGGAAUUAUUUGAUAUUUCUUAUUGUACCUCUUAAAGUGUCUGAAAGGGUUACACAGAUUUAUAGGGGUUUUGAUGUUUGCAGACUUCAAAGAACUGUACUACAAUAGAAUAUUGCUGAAAUUACAAGCUGGACUAACUGGAGAUGAAAUGCCAUGUUGGCUGACCUGACUUUUAUGCUAUAUUUUACUGUAAUUUGUUUUGUGUAAACAUAAAAACAAAUUUUGUAUAUUUCCAAAAGUCAGCCUCCCAAUAAUUACUGAAAUGUGAGCCAGAUUUAUUCAUUUCAAUUUUUUUGCAAC